AUGGCGUCUGCGUCUCCUUCAUCUUCAACAAUCAGAGCAUUCGGUUCAUUACUCCUCAGAUUCUCAAAUGGGGUUUCUCUUAAACCCUCAAACUCCUUCACUCUUCUCGGAACAUGCCGUUUAAGUAGAAAGCUACAAUCUUCUUCGUGUUACUCACCUUCUGGGUUAUGGGUCUCGGUAUAUGAGCUUCAUCCGGUCAAUUCCAUUAGAAAGAUUUCGACUUUCCCUCUUCUAUGUAUGGGUAGACGUUCCUGCAAAAUUGCUGGAAGAAAGACUGCCCAAGAUGCUAAGAAGACGAAGCUGUAUUCAAAAAUUGGGAAGGAAGUCGUAUCUGCGGUCAAGAAAGGUGGUGCAAGUCCAGUGUCAAAUACAGCUCUUGCUGCAUUGUUUGAGAAAGCUAAGGAGCUCGAUGUACCUAAGGAAAUCAUAGAGCGCAACAUCAAGAGAGCUUCUGAGAAGGGCCAGGAAGCUUAUAUUGAGAAAGUAUACGAGGUUUAUGGCUAUGGUGGAGUUGGCAUAAUAGUUGAGGUGUUGACGGAUAAAAUAAACAGAUCGGUGGCAGCUGUCAGAGAGGUAGUGAAGGAUUGUGGGGGAAAAAUGGCAGAUCCUGGAUCCAUCAGUUUCAAAUUUAAACGUGCUCGGGUUGUAAAUGUAAAAGUUACAGAUGCUGAUAGAGAUCAGAUUCUUGCUGUUGCUUUGGAUGCUGGCGCUGAUGAUGUCAUUGAACCCUCAGUGGACGAAGAUGAUGCCGAGGAGGAAAUGAAUGAAAGAUAUUUUAAAAUUGUAAGUUCAUCAGAGAACUACCCCACCAUAUUAACAAAGCUACGCGAGGAAGGAAUAACAUUUGAACCUGACAAUGGAUUCGAGCUUCUUCCUCUUACUCCGAUUGAGGUUGAUGAUGAGGCCAUGGACUUGAACAAGGAAUUGAUGUCCAAAUUGCUCAAGCUGGACGAUGUUGAUGCUGUAUAUACAGAUCAAAAGUGA